GCACUUAAACUGGACAGUAUGCAGCUCGUGAUUUGUGCUAGAAAACUACAAAAUCUAUUACUGCUCAUUAGUUGAUUGCAUUACAUUGAACAGAAUUUAAAUUUAAAAUUCAAUUCAGUUAAUAUUGUUACCUAAAUCUAUUCUUGCUUGUAUCACGACUGCACUCUCUGUUGGAUUUAAAUUUUGCUCACAUUACACCCAGCCCUGACUAUUGGACAACGACUGCUAUCGGCGCAGCCCUAGUUCUUAACCAACAGCUGUUGGCAUUUGUUUACAUCCAAAUAUUAAUCAAAACAUUAAAACCAUGGAUUUUAAUGUGCAUAAAAUAUGUAGAGUGUGUCUGGAGGAAGGGGCGCCAAGCCCACUAACAUCCAUUUAUAGCACAGACUUUGCGAUGAUGCCCUCACAAAUGUUGAUGAUGUGCUCUAAGAUUCGCGUUUAUAAAACAGACGGCCUUCCCGCGGGCAUUUGUAAUAACUGUUUGUACCGGCUAGGAGUAGCUUAUCAUUUUCAGCAGGAGUGUGAGAACAGCGACUUACGCCUGCGUCAAUAUUUGGGAAUACAUGAAUCAUUUCGCCACGAUGCAGCGACGAACACCGAAAAUGAGAUUAAACCAAUGCCUGCGAAUGUGCAACUGAAUUCCAGUGAUGAGGAGGAUGGCCAAGCGGAUAUGAAGCGCAGCAAACGACGCUCACGAUAUCAACGGAAACCGCCCGAGAGCCACAAAAAGCGUGGACCUAAGCCAGUGGCCAAACUGCCACACACCUGCUACGUGGCUACCUGCCAAAAGAGCUUCAAGUGUGCUGCACAGCUUACUCAACAUAUUCGCACACAUACCGGCGAGAAACCAUAUGCCUGCAGCUAUUGUGCCCAGCGCUUUGCUCAGAAAUACAAUCUCAAAGUUCACGAGCGAACGCACACGGGGAACAAACCAUUUCAGUGUGAGAUCUGUUCAAAACAAUUCUCAGCGCUGGGCAACUUUCAGGCGCAUCAGAAGAUCCACAGCGGCGUGCGGGAUCAAAUCUGCUCGCUGUGCCAGAAAGCCUUCUACACUGCCGGCGAUCUGUCGAAGCACAUGAUCACCCACACGGGCAUUAAAAAUCAUCAUUGCGACGUAUGCGGCAAGUCCUUCAGCAGACGUCGCGACAUGCGCGCUCACAAGGUCAAGUUGCAUCCGCUCGAAUCGAGCACGGAACAUGAUAUUGUAGACGACGAUGAUGAUGAGCCCAUCGAUACGGAUCCCGUGGGCUUGGAUACCUUGGAGCAUUCGCAUUUCAAGUGUCCCGAUUGUGAUAAAGCUUACGAUUCGGCUGAUAGCUUAAGUCUGCAUUUCCGCACGCAUGCGGUGAAUAAUAAUUUAUUGAAUUUACCUUUGCCCGCACCGCCGCCCAUGUCACAUCACUACCAUCACCAUCAUCCCGCUGGCGCACCCCCAUCCACUGCUGCAAUGCAUCAUCACGAUGCACUACAACUGCAUCAUUUGGCGCCACCGAAUGCAGCCACCCAAAUGGGCAUGGCGGCCAUGGCGCAUAUGUUGGCACCACCACCACCGCCUCCACCCACACCCAGCGAUGGGCGUUACACAAUGUUGCACCAUACGGCGGCACAGCGACUGCACUACUAAAAAUUCCUAAUAAAACAAGACUUAACUAAAAAUUAAUAUAGUUUUCAAUUAUUGCAUAGACUCGCAUGUAUCCCAGAUUUUGAUUCUGGUUAAGAAUAUACAUUUAUGAUAGGCUUGAACUCGUUGAACUCGUUUGGCUGUUGAUAUAUUUUACUCUCUUUACACAUCAUCUAUAAAUGCACGGUUAACAUCACUUGAUAUACCCUUGAUGAUCCACAAUAAUUACAGGGUAUAGAUAUACACCCAUAUUCUACUUAAGUACAGUUUGAUAUUUUGUAAUAUAUUGAACACUUUUCUUUAAGCAUUACAUAUGCAAUUAUGUAUAUAAAAAUGGAAUUCUUUGUCAUGUUUUUUGUUGUUUGUACAAUAAAUAUAUAAAAUUUGGCAAGCACAGCUUCUAUAAGAUCAUUUGUAUUGCUUCUUAAACUCUCAACUAAAA